CUUACUCUGUGCUUCAUUUCUCUCUUCUCCUUCUAUUUUUCUGCUGUUCUUCCUGGAUGUUUAGAAGAGCAGAUCAGUGAGUCAGUGUGCUGCUUCUCUGAGUGAAGGAUGCGAGAUGACGACGUCUACAGACAUGGUGACGAUGACCAUCACGCCCGAGAUCCUGCAGGAGCUGCUGCGUUAUUACAACCUGUCCCGUCAGGAGUUCAUCCACGCCUACAAAAUCCGACCUUUGGUGUACGUCCCCGAGCUGCCGGCCAGAACCAAGGCCACCUUCGUCAUCAUGUACAUUCUGAUCUUCAUACUGGCACUGGUGGGAAACAGUCUGGUGGUGUGUGUGGUGGUGAGGAAGGGUAGGAGUCAAAGCGCCACCAGCAUCUUCAUCUGCUCUCUGGCCAUCAGUGACCUGCUCAUCACCUUCUUCUGCGUCCCGUUCACUCUCUUGCAGAACAUCUCGGCUCAGUGGCUCGGAGGUGUGUUGGUGUGUAAGACGGUUCCGUUUGUCCAGACCACAGCGAUCGUGACGGGGAUCCUCACCAUGACGUGUAUCGCGCUGGAGAGAUACCAGGGCAUCAUCCAUCCUCUGAAAAUGAAGAGGCAGUACACACCUCAGAGAGCCUACAGAAAGCUGGGCUUGGUGUGGCUGCUCUCAGUCAUGGUGGGAUCUCCCAUGCUGUUUGUUCAGCAGUUAGAGGUGAAAUACGACUUCCUGUAUGAGAAUCAUCACGUGUGCUGUCAGGAGCUGUGGAGCUCAGAGCUUCAGAGGAAGAUGUACACCACCUUCAUCAUGGUGGCUCUGUUCGUUCUGCCUCUGGCUGCCAUGAUGUUCCUCUACACACGCAUCAGCAUCGAGCUGUGGAUCCGCAAGAGGGUCGGGGACACGUCCGUCCUCCAUACCAUCAACCACAACCAGAUCAACAAGAUCUGCAGGAAGAAGAAGCGAGCGGUGAAGAUGAUGAUCACCAUUGUGCUGCUGUUCACCAUCUGCUGGGCUCCGUUCCACACCGUCCACAUGCUGUUUGAGUACUACAAUCUGGAGCAGAAGUAUGACGAGGUGACCCUGAACAUGAUCAUGGCCGUGGUUCAGGCAAUCGGUUUCUCCAACUCCUUCAACAACCCCAUCGUUUAUGCCUUCAUGAACGAGACCUUUAAGAAGAGCUGUGUGUCGGCCGUGUCCUUGUUCCUGCACAGGACCAGAGUUCAUGAUGUCAGAGUUCACUUCACUGUGCCUCGUCAAGCCACCAGCGCUAAAGCUAACUCCAACAGCUUGGAGCUCCAUCACCAGGGCACCUGAACGUUUUACAGUGUGUGUGUGUGUGUGUGUGUGUGUGUGUGUGUGUGUGUGUGUGUGUGUGUGUGUUUGUGCUGAUUAUGUGGGAUGUUCUUCAUCAUGGAAUGUAAUACCCAGCAAUGUUCUCAUCAAAGUUCCAUUCAGGAGAAGGUGGACUACAUAGGGAGCAGGUCUGAACUUCUGAGAGAACAUCAUGAACUCCUGAGUUAGCUUGAGGACCAUUGUGGGGUUUCAAACAACUUUUCUGUGAUAAAGAUCAUAAAUUACUAACAUGUUAAAUCAGUGUUAGUGUAGUUUCUGAUCUGAAUCCUGAUUGGUUACAGGGGUAAUGGAGGUAAAUACUGUGUGCUGAUUGGUUACAGGGGUAAUGGAGGUAAAUACUGUGUGCUGAUUGGUUACAGGGGUAAUGGAGAUAUAUCUCCUUCCACCAUGUUCUCAUAUGCACAGAUGAAGGUGUGGAGUGUUGAAGGUGUAACUGAUCCUGAUUAUGGCUUCAUUUCAGGGAUUUGCGACACUUUUUAAUAAAGUCUAUAAAAUAUCUUCUCUUUA